UACUGCGGGUGGUAGAUGUGGGGCGAGGGGCGGAGAGGCAUGGACUGGACAACCGGGCCCCUGGGGGUCCGGGGAUUCCAGAACAUCUUCACGUGGUGACGUUCCUGUCCCUGCCCGGGAUCCGCCCUUAGGGACGAGGAAGCCCGGUUCCCCUUCUCCAGGAGAUGAUAGAAAGUGACAUCACAACCAUAAUGUCAGGAAUCCUUAGAAAUUCAGGGCAAAAUCUGCACCCUUCUCCGCAGGAAUACAGGCUCCUAGCCUCAGACUCCUCCCAGGCGGCUGAGGAUGAUCUGCCCAGCGACCUGCAAUCUCUCUCCUGGCUGACGGCAGUGGACGUGCCCCGGCUGCAGCAGAUGACCAGCAGCCGAAUGGACUUCAGCGCCCCCAACGCGGGGCUGCAGCAGACAGGUCCCAUGGCAGCCAGCGUGCUUGCAGCGGGUGCCUCGGGCACCAUCGGCCACGUGCCCCCCCAGGGCAUGCUGGGGCUCAGCGGCAUCGGGUCCCAUGGAGCCAGUAUGAGCCCAUACCCUGUAGGGGGCCAGCCCUCCCCCAGCCUGCAGGACCAGCCCCAGCUCUACCCGGCCCCGUCACAGCCGCCAUUCACUCUGGCCCAGGGCACACAUCAGUGCCCCACUGCUGGAAUGUACAGCGUCUCCUUCGGGGCACAGCCUCCAUUCCCCCAGCCCCGCCUCCCCGGGCACUCGGCUCAGGACCUGCACCCCAAACACUACCCCAAACCCAUCUACUCCUACAGCUGCCUGAUCGCCAUGGCCUUGAAAAACAGCAAGACGGGCAGCCUCCCGGUCAGCGAGAUCUACAGCUUCAUGAAGGAACACUUUCCCUACUUCAAGACCGCCCCUGACGGCUGGAAGAACUCUGUGCGGCACAACUUGUCCUUGAGCAAAUGCUUCGAGAAGGUGGAGAACAAGACGGGGGGCUCCUCCCGCAAGGGCUGCCUGUGGGCCCUGAACCUGGCGCGCAUCGACAAGAUGGAGGAGGAGAUGCACAAAUGGAAGAGGAAGGACCUGGCCGCCAUUCAUCGCAGCAUGGCCAACCCGGAAGAGCUGGACAAGCUGAUCAGUGACCGGCCGGAGAGCUGCCGCCGCCUGGGGGAGCCUGGGGAGCCGGACGUCCCCGUGCUGGGCCGAGUGGUGGCGGCUGCUGCGGCUGCCCAAGGCCGGCUCACCGCAUCCCGCCUCCCUCCCCAGCCGGUGAUGACCCUCUCGCUGCAGUCCAUCCCCCUGCAGCACCAGCUGCAGCCUCGCGCUGGCCUGGCCCCGGGCUCCCCAGCACCAGCCCAGACCCCUCCACUGCACGCCCUGCCCGAUGUGAGCUGUAGCCCCCUCCCCACCCACCACGCUGUGAGCAGGGGCCCUGUGGACUUUCUCAGCGUUGUGGGCGACGUGAGCGCCGAGGUGGAUGCUCUGGAUCCCAGCAUCAUGGACUUUGCCCUCCAGGGGAACAUCUGGGACGACAUGAAGGAUGACAGCUUUAGCCUGGACACCCUCGGGGCCUUCAGCAACUCCCCCCUGCAGCUGUCGGACUGUGACCUGGGUGCCUCGGGACUCACCCCCGUCUCCAGCGGCAGUGACCAGUCCUUCUCAGACUUACAGGUCACCAGCCUGUACACCACCUAUGCGACUUCAGGGGACAGCGCGUCAUCCUCCUCUGCCCAGUACCUGGGCACCCCAGGCAAUAAGCCCAUUGCCCUGCUCUGAGUGGGCUGUGGCUCUUUGGCCUCGGGUGGGGAGGGUCUGUCCUUGGAGGUGACAUGGGGGAGCCUCUGGUGCUUAGGGGAAAUGCGGGGCGGACCCCAGAGCUCUGACCGCAGGCAUACCCCACCCCCCAAUGGGCCUCUCUUGCCAUCAGCGUGGCCCUUAGGAAGGUGUGGAGCUGUUGUUGAGAGGGAGACAAGCCCACUACGCCUCUAUACACCCACAGACCCUUUGCAUAGAAUGUCUCCUAAGUGUGUCCUGAGGGACUAUUAGUAACCACUACCGUCACAUCACUGGACAAGCCACUUUGUUUCCACCCCGGGUUAAACUGUUCCAAUGGAUCUGUGGACAAACAGUGCAGGGUCCCAGGUUCAUUCAUGAUCCCUGGCCUGACUCCAUUCUAGGAAAAGGCCAGUCUGAUUGUGGGACCCUGGGAUCUCCAGCACCUCCAUCAUUUGGCGCUCCAUCGUCAGCCCCAGACUCUUCCCUGCCUGUGGACACUCUUAAUUUAUUCUUCUAAGAAGCCCGAUGAGCCCUGGGUGGAACCACCCCAGGAAGGCUCUGAUGGAUGGAGCCCAAGCCUGGGGGACCAGUUGUGAGAUGGUGGUGGGAUGGAGAGCUGGAGAAUUCUGAAAUGGAUCUCCACUGGGAGU